GCAAGUUGCAGGAAGAUGGGGAGAAGUGGUGCAAUGGAGGAGGACUUGCUGCGGGAUGAAGACAAUAAGAAGAGGAGAGGGGGCAGCCAUCAUGGUAGGAAAGGUGGAGAGAAUAGCUAUGGCGGCGGGGGAUCAAUGAGGUGUUGCCAAGUUGAAAAGUGCAGUGCUGAUCUGAGCGAUGCUAAGCAGUACCAUAGGCGGCAUAAGGUCUGUGAGCACCAUGCUAAGGCUCAGGUCGUCAUCAUCGCCGGUCUCCGGCAACGUUUUUGCCAGCAAUGCAGCCGAUUCCAUGAGGUGGGGGAAUUCGAUGAUGCCAAGAGGAGUUGCCGGAGGCGUCUGGCCGGACACAACGAGCGGCGGAGGAAGAAUUCGGCGGUGGAUUCCCAUGCAGCUGAAGAAGGCACCAGCCAAAAAGUUGAUGAACACGGAAGGAUAUGAUUCAUAUAAUAUAUAUUGAUAUAUAAUUAAUAAUAAGAUAAUACCAGCUGCUUUCAUAUAAUAAAUACGAGGUUAUUGAAUUGAGGCUUACUAUAUCUGGUGGUGUAUUUUACUUGUGCAAUAAUGUAUUUAUUUUUAUUUAAAUAAAAUAAAACUUAGGAGGGA